CUCAGCUCAGGCACACACUUCCCCUGAAUGGUGUGUAGGAUAUUGGAUUUGAAAGAUGUUGCGCUUAUUGAUGACAUCAGAGGCUCUGAUGCUUCUUCCGUUCCUACUGGUUAUGACUGGUGAUAGCUCAGGUACAAUUCUAUCCAGCUGUGAGCUGUGUCAUGAAAAAGCCACCUGCCUGGUCUCUCCUGGGGAACGUCAGAGGGGCGAUGCCUUUACAGCACAGUUCAACUGCACCUGUCGAGAAGGCUUUGUUGGCGACGGUCUCACCUGCUACGACCUCAAGAUCUGCGCUGGCGGCUCCUGCUGUCGUCAAGGUUACCGCUGGUCCUCCGAGCUGGGCUGUGUGGACGUGGACGAGUGCUCCUUACCCGAGCCGCCGUGCUCCCCUCCUCAGGUCUGUGAGAACACCCCCGGGUCCUUCCACUGCCAGGGGCCUCCUGGAGACGACCUCCUCUCUGGUCCUCCUUCUGGACCUCCUUCUGGACCUCUUAACUCCCGAUCAGUGCAGUUUCAGUGUGGGAGCACACGGUGUCCAGUGGGGGAGGACUGUAUCAGUGUUGGGGGGACGUCUCGCUGUGCCGACCCCUGCCAACACUAUACUGCACUGAAGGAAGACUGGCGCUCCACCACCAACAAAGGCCAGGUUAAUGGCAUCCACUGCGACCGCAAUGUCAACUGGCAGGGCUGGUAUCGCCUGUUCCUGGGGAACACCAGUGUUCAGAUGCCGGAGAAGUGUGUGGGACAGGACAUGUGUGGUACCAAUUACCCCCUGUGGCUCUCGUCGCCUCACCCCCAGCUGGGAGACGGGGUGGUUCAGACGGCUGUCUGUGGGAAUAGGUAUAGUGACUGCUGCUACUACAGACAAACCAUCCAUGUCAAAGCCUGCUAUGGAAACUACUAUGUCUACAAAUUUGUCUCUCCAUCAACAUGCAACAUGGCCUACUGUGCAGAUGACAACACCAAAGUGUGCGCUACCUGUGGGGUAUUUGAUGUCUGUGUCACCAACAAUAAGGUCAACUGGAGAUGUGUAAGGAAAGUUCCAGAGCUGGUGUGUGGGAGGAGCUUCCUACAGGUGGGCCUUUCGAAAGUUUACAUGGAGACUGCUGGUCUGGAUCCUUUCUCUGCUCACAUGGCGGACAGCCUCUGUUCUGACCACCAGGAUCGUAAUGUGUCGGUGUGGUACCAGGUGGAGCGCUUGGAGGGACGCUGUGGAAACACUCUGACAACAAACGUCACGCAUGCUGUCUAUUCCAACACCUUAUUUGUUUAUCCAGUAGACGGGCGAAACGACUCCCAACCCUUUGCUAUUCCUUUCUCCUGCGUCUAUCCUCUGGAGACCGAGAGCAGCCUGGAUGUGCCCAUCAUACCUUACUUACCAACUGAUCAUGGAGCUGUCGGCGUCGGUCCCAAGGCCAUUGCAUCAAUGCUUCUAUAUCGUCACUCCAACUUCACGGAUCCCUUCCCCGCUUUUCAGCCAGUCACCCUGCUUGUGGGGUCCGCUCUGCACGUUGGCGUGUCUGUGGAGGAAUCUGAGGUACAGCGUUUUGUUGUCAUUCUGGAGGACUGCUUCACCACGGGGUCCGCCAGCUACGACGCGCUGCCACGGACCUACUUGAUUCAGGACAGGUGCCCUCUUACCCAGGUGACGGUGGAGGAAAGCGGCUCGUCCCUGAGGGCUCGCUUCUCUGCCCUGCUGCAGGGGGACCAACUUGUCGUCUUCGUGCACUGCAGCCUCAGCCUGUGUGACAAGACAGCUUCCUCCUGCACUCCGGUGUGCUCCAAGAGAAGAGCCCGCUCUGUGUCCACCUCCACCCCCCUCAAGCCUCUUACCAUCGGACCAAUCACCUGGGUCCAGAGUCUGGAGUGAGCUUUAGGAACUCCCUCAGCAUGUUGAAGAAUGGGCCCUCCCUGAUCUCCAUCGGACCAGACUUAACCAAUUAUAUUUCAUUGUAAUACAUUUACAUAUAGUACAUGUGUGCAAUACAAUUUGAUUUUGUUGUACUGUGUAUAUUGUGUGCACAUAGAUUUGAUUUUCUUUCUUCUGAUUAUUCUUUAAAGACUUCAAACCUAAAUUGCUGAGUAUUUGAAGUGAUUUAACAAUGCCAAUAAAUAAUGCUAUAUGAU